UCUUAUCGUUUUCAUGUGCUUCCAACGCGUGAUUUCUCGAUAUGGAAUUACGUGGAAACCAUGCGUGAAUCCACUUCGGGAAUGAGACAGUACUGAAAUACGGCACCGAUAACACCAAAAACACAAUAUUAGCACAUAAUAAUAAGAAUAAGUAUAAUUUUCACCGGCCAGCAAUUCAAAGACGGCAACAUGACCGGAACUAUGCUUUCCGCUGAGGGCGUGUCACUGGACAAGACUAUGGAGGAAAUGUCCAUCAAUGGCCACGCGCCACCGCCACAGUUUCUUGUUAGAGAAAGCAUUGUUGGGUCUACAGAUUCUUCUCCGUCUGUUCCAAUUCCAAUCAUUGAUAUCAGUCUCCUCUCCUCCCAAGAUGAGCUGCAGCAACUAAGAUCAGCUCUUAGCUCAAAGGGGUGCUUCCAGGCAAUAGGUCACGGGAUUCCAGGUUCAUUUCUUGACAAGGUACGGGAAGUUGCAAAACAAUUCUUUGCACUUCCACCGGAAGAAAAGCAAAAGUAUUCCCGAACAGCUCAUCAGGUUGAAGGGUAUGGGCAUGACAUGGUGGUUUCAGACAAGCAAAUUCUUGACUGGUCCAGUCGCUUAUUUCUUAGAGUCUUCCCGGAAGACCAAAGAAGGCUCAAUCUUUGGCCACAAAUUCCAAAAAAUGAUUUCAGUGAGAUAUUACAUGACUAUGGUGUGAAAUUGAAGUGCAUGAUGGACAUUCUCUUCAAGGCCAUGGCAAAGUCACUGGAUUUGGAAGAGAGCAGCUUCUCGAGCCAGUUUGGAGACCAACCCAUAAUGCAAGUCAGAUUUAACUUCUAUCCUGUUUGCUCAAGACCAGAUAUGGUUCUUGGUGUCAAAGCUCAUUCAGAUAGAUCAGGAAUGACAGUUCUCCUGCAAGAUGAACAAGUUCAAGGUCUUCAAAUUCUCAAAGAUAGUACAUGGAUUAAUGUUCCUGUAAUUCCUCAUGCUCUUGUUGUCAAUCUCGGUGAUCAAAUGCAGAUAAUGAGCAACGGAAUAUUCAAGAGCCCGAUGCAUAGGGUACUGACUAACACACAGAAGCUGAGGAUAUCGGUGGCCAUGUUUAAUGAGCCGGAGCAGGAUAAAGAGAUUGGACCUGUAAAUCAAUUGAUUGACGAGAAAAGGCCAAGGCUAUAUAGAAAUGUGAAAAACUUCGCUGAAUUCAACUAUGAAUGUUUUCAGAAAGGGAAAGUAGCAAUUGAGGAAGCUAAAAUAUAGCUUUUCUUCCGGCUUUUGCUUAUAUAUCUACUCUGCAUGGUACUGAAAGUAAGUUGAUGGUGAAAUUAUGGAACAUGUAUGCUAUUCCGAUAUGCCUGUUUCGGAAUCAAUUAAAA